CGUACUGUAUGCACCGGGCCAGCACAGCGAGCUCUUGACCAUGUCAGACUCAGCAGGGCCAUCGAAGAAGUAUGAGGAUAUGAGUAAGGAGGAAAGAACAGCGUUUGAUGCAAAAGAGCGAGAACGAGAGAGGCAGGAGCAAGCGACAUUGCCGUAUGCUUGGACUCAAGAUCUGAACACUGUCACUGUGACUGUACCACUACCUAAAGGGACGCGAGGGAAAGACUGCAACGUAGUAUUGGAGAAGAAGAAGCUCAAGGUCCAAGUGAAAGGCUCACCUGAGCCGAUAUUGGAAGGAGAACUCUUCAAUCAAAUCUCGAAAGACGAUUCGUCCUGGACGAUAGAUGAUAGCGUCAUGUCCAUUGAAUUGGAGAAGCUAUCUGCUCAUAUACAAUCUCAUCAAUGGUGGCCUCAUGUCCUGACUCAUCAUCCGAAGAUCGACACGACCAAGAUUCAACCGGAGAACUCGAAGCUUUCAGACUUGGACGGAGAGACACGAGGCAUGGUGGAGAAGAUGAUGUUUGACAAUCAGCAAAAGGCGAUGGGCAAGCCGACGAGUGAUGAGCUCAAGAAGCUCGAAAUGCUGGAAAAGUUCAAGAAGCAGCAUCCUGAGAUGGAUUUCAGCAACGCCAAAAUGACUUGAUCAAGGGAUAUGUGUAUACUCGUACCUCGCAGAUAGUUACUCGACACAUGCAUCCUGACUGCCCCAAAG